CCUUUCCGGAAGGGAAGAGGCCUGACCUUGGGGCAGGGGGCAGGGCGGGCACCACCCAGGCGGAGGCUCCUGCAUUUGACUUCCUCUCUGAGGCUCUGUUUGCUGCUGGAGCAGAGCCUGCUCCUGUCCCUCCAGGGCCACUGCCCCGCCCGCCUGUAGAGGGAAGCAGACCUUUCCCCAGGCAGAAGGGAGGAGGACGGGAGACAGGUAGGGGCCCUGCAGGACUGUGCAAUGAUGACAGGCUGUCAGGCUCCCUGGAAGUGACCAGGCCUGGGGACAGGGCAUGGAGCAGGCGUGCGGGAGUCCCCGGCCCAGGGCGGGCCCUGGCCAGCCCCGCGUGUUCAAGCUGGUGCUGCUGGGCAGCGGCUCCGUGGGCAAGUCCAGCCUGGCCCUCCGGUACGUGAAGAACGACUUCAAGAGCAUCCUGCCCACCGUGGGAUGCGCCUUCUUCACAAAGGUGGUGGAGUUGGGAGCCUCGUCUCUGAAGUUCGAGAUCUGGGACACGGCUGGCCAGGAGAAGUACCACAGCGUCUGCCACCUCUACUUCCGGGGCGCCAAUGCUGCACUGCUGGUGUACGACGUCACCAAGAAGGAUUCCUUCCACCAGGCCCAGCAGUGGCUGAGGGACCUGGAGGAGGAGUUCCGCCCCGGAGAGGUCGUGGUGAUGCUGGUCGGCAACAAGACAGACCUCAGCGAGGAGCGGGAGGUCACGUUCGAGGAAGGGAAGGAGUUUGCUGAGCGCGAAAGGUUGCUGUUUAUGGAAACCUCGGCCAAACUGAACCACCAGGUGUCUGAGGUCUUCAGCGCCGUAGCCCGAGAGCUCUUGCAGAGAGACGACAGGGAGGGCCAGGCUCCGUGCAGGGACCCAGCUGUGGUUCUGAACGAGGGGCCCACGAGGCAGGCCAGAUGCUGUGCCCACUAGAAGCAGCCACUCCAGGGGGCUCAUCGGGAGGACACCCCCAGCCCACGCCAAGUCUUCAGGGUGGGCCCCUGCCAGCUCCGAGAAGAUUCUGAUUCACCGUUGACACUGGAUCAUUCCUGAGCCCUAGAGGGUCCUGAAAGUUGGCAUCCUUUACAAUAACCACUUCCCAAAGCCAGUGGGAAUCGUCCGGGCAGGAUCCAGGGUCAAGUGGCUCCCAGAAGAGUGUCGGCCCAGACACCACCUGAUUCCGGAAGCCUGUGCCUGUGCCAUCUGGACUGUCAUACUCUCAGCCGCUUCGCCCUGGGACACAGAGGAAUUAAACCGGGCGGAGAGGAAGCAAUGAUCAGAAAGAUAUUUCGAUCACCGUGAUGGUCGACAGACACCUUGGACCUGGCUUGGGCAGCGUACUGGCCCCGUGGCCGGGCCCACCUGCUUCUGGGAGGCGGGAGAGGCAGGAGCAGCCCAGAUGGCAGAGUGGGAGGCCCAGGGCAUCUGCAUCUCGGGACGGGCAGCUGGGGGUGGGGGACACAGUCCCCUCCCACUCUCUCCUCCUGGCUGCAAAUUUGAGAAAGCUAAGUUUCUGUCCAGUGGGUGUGAAGAUUCUGAGACUUUUAGCCUGAGAUGCAAGUUGUACCUCGUAUGCCUUUUUUUCCUCUAACAAUUAAACUGCUUUCAACAAUCUAA